UCAGGUGACCUGACAAAGUAGAGGAUCACUAAUCUCCUGUUGCUGCACAUCUCUACAGUAAAAUGUUGAACCACGUCACUCUUCUCCUGAUGUUCUCCUGUAUGAAAGAGCAGUGUUUGGACAAUAACAUUUGUUUUGAUAAAUAUGGACAAAUGCGGAUGGCUGAAUUUGCAGACUGCUCCAUCCAGAACUGUAAGGAUGCUGCAUCACGGUGUCUGAUCCAGACUAUUAAUGACAUCGUAACAGAAAUGAAGAAAGAGAAUCCAUCAGCAUCUAUUGAAUCUCUGUGGAUUCAGGCUGGGAAAACUGUGACAGAUGAUAUGAUUGAAUUUUCUAAAUGUCUCAAAAUGUUCGGAGAGAAACCCAUCGACUCCGUAGUGUGUAUGCUGGAUGCUGUAUUGACUCUCACACAGGAGGACAACAAAAAGUCCACCGAUCAAGCUUACAUUGUGUGCUGGAUCGAAAAAUUCAUAAACGGGGUGACUGGCUGCGUCUCUCAUUAUGAUCUUCAGACUAUAAAAACUCUGACAAAAUAUUUAAAUGAACUAAAUCAAGAACUUUCUGAAUGUGCCAUGAAGAUUCUUCCUCAGUACAGUAAAAUGUGCAUUCCAGCCUCCAUGCGGCUUUUUGGAAACAACAAAGCAAGUCAAUUCAGUGACAACUGGAAAGAAUAUUCAGACUGUUUUGCCGCUUUUAACGACGUCUAUGAAUUGUGCAUGAACGUGAACUUUGCUCAUCACGAUUCCUUCCCACCAUUCAUCACAACCUUCGCCAAAGAUAUUUACAUCUGCGGCAUUAAUGAGAUGAUUUCAGCAACUGCAGCGUGUUAAACACAUCCAUCAUGUGACCUUCUUCUACACCAAUCAGGGAGCAGAUAGUUAUCUCUAGUGUGAUUCACUUUUAA